CACGGAGGUGCCCAAGGCACACAGGAGCCCCGUCCACAGGAUCAGCUGGUUAAACCAUUUUCCGACUCCCCAGUCCCGGAGCUGGUGCCCCAGCAACUAGGACUUCAGGCUGUCAGCUUCCUCGAGGGUACAGAUGAGAAAGUGAAGGUGCUGACAGACAGACAUGGGACAUUCCUUGAGGCCAGAGCCAGCAAUCAGCGGAGGCCCCGAUCCCACCCCUGCCUACAGUGGCUUCCCAGGCUGGAAGGCAGCCGCCCUUGGACCCGAAAAUUAGAAUACAGGAAACUGCUUCUGGUUCGUGGUGAGGACCGUUUUUCCCAGAGACGGGAAGCUGCCCAUGCACUGGAUCUCCAUUUUCUCGCCUACCAAAGCAAGGAUCAUAAUGGUGCCCCUGCCACACACUUGUGAGGGUGCAGGAGGGAGUCCAUGGGAGUAUGAACAUCGUCGGGUCGUCCGAGUCACGGUAUUUCUGAGAAGUUGCACUGCUUCGUAGCUACUUGGAGCUCAGAGCGUCUUACCGUGUUAUCUGGUCCUCUGGGAAGCAAAUGUUGCAAGGGUGUUAGCAAUACAAGGGGCUUACUGGGGGGCGAUGCCAGUGAGAGACAGAGGGGAGAGGGAGCAGGACUGGGCCAGGAAGUGGGUGGGCCACCUGUGGAAGAAGAGGGCGAAGGGAAGUGUGGGUAAGAAGAGCCUCAGAGGGUACAGCUCUGAGAAAUCACAGCCGGCCAACAGGGGAGGUGAAUUGCAAGGAUUUCUUGUCACAGAUCCAUAGAAACAGAAAGGAGAUCCACCUUGGCUACCAUGCCUGCCCAAUAUCACUCAGCUACUGAGCGGACGAGCUGGGACCAGAGCACAGAUGAGACUGGAGACUGAAAGGCUUGCCAAAUCCUGGGCAGCUCAGAAGUGGGAGUCCCGGGGCGCUGCCCCUGCCCCUCCAUUGCGCCUUCCACUCUGGGCCAGAGGCAGCAUGGUCCGUGGGGCACCAUGGGACCUGACAGAGUGACAGCCAGAGAGCUGUGUGAGAAUGACGACCUUGCCACCAGCCUUGUCCUGGACCCCUACCUCGGCUUCCGCACCCAUAAGAUGAACGUCAGCCCCGUGCCCCCCCUGCGGCGACAGCACCACCUGCGCUCAGCGCUGGAGGCCUUCCUGAGGCAGCGGGACCUGGAGGCUGCGUACCGGGCCCUGACGCUGGGAGGCUGGAUGGCCCACUACUUCCAGAGCCGGGGCCCGCGGCAGGAGGCUGCCCUCAAGACCCACAUCUAUCGCUACCUCCGAGCCUUCCUGCCUGAAAGCGGCUUUACCAUCCUACCCUGUACACGCUACUCCAUGGAGACAAAUGGAGCCAAGAUUGUGUCUACCAGAGCUUGGAAGAAGAACGAGAAGCUGGAACUGCUGGUGGGCUGCAUCGCAGAGCUGCGGGAGGCCGACGAGGGGCUGCUGAGGGCCGGGGAGAACGACUUCAGCAUCAUGUACUCCACCCGAAAACGCAGUGCGCAGCUGUGGCUGGGCCCCGCAGCCUUCAUAAACCAUGACUGCAAACCCAACUGCAAGUUUGUGCCCGCAGAUGGGAACGCGGCCUGCGUGAAGGUGCUCCGGGACAUUGAGCCAGGGGAUGAGGUGACCUGCUUCUACGGGGAGGGCUUCUUUGGCGAGAAGAAUGAGCACUGUGAAUGCUACACGUGUGAGAGGAAAGGCGAAGGAGCCUUCCGCCUGCAGCCCCGGGCACCCCUGCCCCCUCGGCCCCUGGACAAGUAUGAGCUCCGGGAGACGAAGCGGAGGCUGCAGCAGGGCCUGGAUGGCAGUGGCCGGCAGGGUCCACUGGGCCCAAGGGCCUGUGCCCACCUCUCCCCGCUGCGCCGGGACCCGUUCUGUGCCGCCUGCCAGCCCAGGCGCCCCCUGCCCUGCAGUGCCCGCCUUGACGCCUCGCCCCUCUGGCUCCAGUGGCUGCCUCAGCCCCAGCUCCGGGUGCGCCCCCGCAGGCGCCGGCGCCCCCAGCCCCGGCGGGCCCCAGCGCCCCCCAUUCUCCGCACCGCCCGCGUCUCCUUGCACCAGUGGGGAGGCUGUGGUCCCCACUGCUGCCUGCGUGCAGAGGCCCUGGUGGCCCUGGGCCCGGCCCCCCGCGCCCACUGGGCUCCUCAGCAGGACUGGCACUGGGCCCGGCGCUACGGGCUGCCUUACGUGGUGCGUGUGGACCUGAGCCGCGUGGCGCCGGCCCCACCCGCUGCCCCCGCGCCUGCGGGGACCCCAGGCCCUGCCCCCAUCCCCAAGCAGGCCCUUGCCUUCGCCCCCUUCUCCCCACCCAAGCGCCUGAGGCUGGUGGUCAGCCACGGCUCCAUUGACCUGGAUGUCAACGGUGACGGGCCGUGAUGGGCUAGACAGGGAGGCCCCAGGCCAGGAGAGGAAGGAGUCCCUCCUCGUCCCCCUUCCCCCCCCCGAGCCCCAAGUUCUCGGGGACUCACUGACCUCUAGAAGGAGCCGCUGGACCUCUGGGAGGGAGCUGGCCCUUGGCCCCAGCACAGUUCUGCCCGGGACUGGGUUGGUGUGGAGACACCCAGGGAUCUGACCCCUGACCCUUUGUGACUGCUGACCCCUGAGCCACCCCCACCCCAGCAGGGUGCCCUGGCCACUGCUGCCCUCCCACCCCAACUCCAGCCUCAGGACUGUGGGAGCCAUUCCCUUCCCUACCCACCUCCUGCCCAGGGAGCAAAGCCAUAAGGGGUGGGGGCCACCCCAUGGCAUCUCCCCAGAAGCCCAGGCCUCAGGAGGAGGCAGAACUGACUUGGGGGUGGCACUGCCUAGAGACUGCGCUACGGAGGGGAGUGGGCUUGCUCCCAGCUCUGCGACUGUCCGAGGUGGGGGGCAGGCUGGGGAGGUGUCUGGGACACGUCCUCACCAGCCCGUGGGUCUCAGGGAGGCCGGAUGCGACCUCAUCUUUCUCAUGGUGCUAUCCCUGGUGCUACUGGGGUGUGGGGGUCCCUCCCCUCCCCCACACCAGAAUGGGGUAUGUUGGGGGAUUGGAAGCACUUGAACUUUUUAUUUUAUUAAAACCUUGUUAUAAGCAGUG